GCGAACUACUGGAGAGGAACACCAUGAGAAGACUCCAUCGAAAUUUAUCGCUUUUAUUUCUCAUCUGCAUUUUGAAUGAAUACAGAAUAGAAUCACAGACGCUAAGUCCGCCGAUUACGGAUCGAUUCAAGUGCUUAACAAAUGGAUGUUGCGAUCAUCACGAGUGGUGUCGGUUUUGGGCUUCGAUCGGGGAAUGCAAUGCCAACAAGGAUUGGAUGACCGAAAAUUGUCAACUGGCAUGCGGAACAUGUACGGCCCCAGCGGCACCUCUUUUGCCAGUCACGACAACUGCUUCAUCAUUCAAUGGUGGUGGAUUCGUUCAAACAACGACACAAUCAUCGGGACCAACUACAACUAUCACAAUUCCACCGUCCAGUUUGACUUCAGUAACCAGCUGUGAACGAGUAAAAGACAGUAUUGCACAGGCUUCUGAGCUAAUGUCCAUCUCCCGACUAAUCAACCCAGUAGAAGACAACUUUGGUCGAAAUAUGCUCUCAAUUGAUGAUAUAACAAGAAGUGUUCCAACUGGAUGUGUUCCACAGUUAUCUGAUGUUGGAGUCGAUUGUCGAAAGAGUCUAUGCUAUCAUUUAAUGUACCGUACUCUUGACGGAACAUGUAAUAAUUUGGAAAAACCAAUGCAAGGAGCUGCAUUCCGGAGAUUCAAUAGACACUUCCCAGCUCAAUAUGAUGAUGGAAAAGGAGAACCAAUUAGUUCACUUAAUCAAUCUCGUCCAAGUGCACGUGAAGCUAAUCGAGUUAUGCUUUCAUCGGCACAAUCUGUUGUUCAUGAUAAGUUCAACAAUAUGAUGAUGCAAUGGGGUCAAUUCAUGUCACAUGACAUGUCAAAAACUACACUUCAACCAUCUGCGAAUUGUAAGACUUGUGACCCGGUACCAUCGAAAUGUAUGCCAAUUCCAAUUGGAGAAAAAGACCCGAACCUUGGAUUCAAGUCGAAGCAGUGCUUAAAAGUGUCUAGAAGUGCACCAAUUUGUAGAGUUGAGCCAAGAGAGCAACUUAAUGAGAAUACAGCUUAUAUCGAUGGAUCUAUGAUCUACGGAAGCUCAUUGAAAGAUCUUCAUAAAUUUAGAGAUGGUAGAACUGGAUUUUUGAGGGUUACCCGGUUCAAUAACCAGAAUGUAUUGCCAUUUGAUCAAUCAAAAUGCGCUAAUAAGGAUAAAUGCACAGCCUCAUUCACAGCCGGAGAUAUUCGAGCAAAUUUAUUCAUUGGAUUGUCAUCUCUUCAUAUCAUGUUCGCCAGAGAACACAACAGAAUUGCUCAGAAGCUCACAGAGCUUAAUCCAACAUGGAGUGGUGAUAGAGUCUUCCAGGAGGCUAGGAAGAUCGUUGGUGCUCAGAUUCAAAAUGUGCUCUACAAGGAAUAUCUUCCAAAACUUCUCGGAGUCUCAUUCGACAAAGUUAUAGGACCAUACAAGGGAUACGAUACAAAUGUUGAUGCAACCAUUGCUAAUGAAUUCACCACCUCUGCAUUCCGAUUUGGACACGGAAUGAUUGAAGAGUUCUACAAAAGAGUCGAUCUUUCUGGAAACAAUAUUACCCAUGGAGGAUUCUUCUUCGGUGACGGUGUCUUCAAGUCCGGCAAGAUUCUUUUCGAGGGAGGUGUGGAUCCAAUCAUUCGUGGAUUUAUGACAACUGCCGUCAAACGACCACAUCGUAUGACGCCUGCAAUUACCGAGAAAAUGUUUGGAAGCACCGACCUCGGAUCGCUGAACAUCCAGAGAGGAAGAGACCACGGAAUCCCAUCAUACAACAAAAUGCGUCAGUUCUGUGGAUUGAAAUCUGCCAAUACUUUCGAUGAUUUCGCUGACAUGAUCUUGGACAGAAACUUGAGAGCCGGAUUGGCAAGAAAUUAUAAUACGACAAAUGACGUUGAUUUCUACGUUGGAUCAAUGUUAGAAGAUCCAGUAAUCGGAGGUUUAGUUGGAACUACAUUGAGUUGUGCAAUUGGAGAACAAUUUAAGAGAGCCAGAGAUGGGGAUAGAUUCUACUUUGAAAAUCCUGGAAUCUUCACCCGCUCGCAAAUGGAAGAGAUCAAAAAGUCAUCUCUCUCCAGAAUUAUUUGCGACAAUGCAGACAACUUUGAAUUAGUAUCCCAAGAUGCUUUCCUUCUCCCUGGAUCCAAUCUAACUCCAUGCUCAAAGAUUCCUAAGAUGGAUUUAUCAAAGUGGAGAGCUCUCUAGUUGCUCAAUAUUAUCUCUAACUUUCUCUCUCGCAAAUCACCUUCCUCAUUCAGAUUCUAGUCAGUUGUUUCCCUUCCCUCGUCACGUUUGUAUGUAUGUUCUGAUUGCCAUAGCUCACAAUUGUUCCAUCAUUUUUUCAUUCUUUUUUGAAACACUUUUCCCUAUCAAAAACUCAUUGCCUCAUUGUUGCUAUGUUAUCCUGUCCGCCCACACCUGAAAAUUACCGGUUUUUGCCUUUUUCUCAAAUGUUUUUCUAUUUUCCAUGAAGUCUUGUGCUUGUAAAAUUGAUAAAACAAAGUUCUAAUAAAUUGGUUUUU